AUGUCACUAGCAAGUGCAAAACUGUCUCUGUUGGACUGGACAGAAGGGGGUGUAGAGGAGCGUCAAUCUGAAUACCUGAAGUUUUCAGAAGUACCCAGACUGGCGAGCAGCGACCCCCGAAGCUGGCUCAACCCCACUUUGCAAGCAGCGAGCCCUGGGUACGCGCCGUACCCCUCUACUGGCGGGUCGGUGUCGGCAUUAUUCCACCACGAAUCCAUAGAAGAAGACUUUGAAAAGAUGAUCACCGGCAGCAAGGUGUCAGGCACCACGGCCCUAACUGAGCAAAACCUCGCGCCAUUCACCGGCCCGCAGAAACACAGGAGGGUCGCGGCUAAUGCAAGAGAGAGGCGGAGGAUGCAUGGCCUCAACCGGGCUUUCGACCAGCUGAGAAGCGUCAUCCCGUCCAUGGAAAACGAGAAGAAGCUGUCCAAGUACGACACCUUGCAAAUGGCGCAGAUCUACAUCAACGAACUGUCAGAGCUGCUGGACAACGUGAACGAAAGCGAGUGCAGCAGCUCCGGGACCCAGGGGAGAAGAUGCAGCUUGCAGCAAACCUGCUCCCGUGGAGGGGUUGGGGGGCUCGGCGGGAGCUUCCUGCGGGAUCCGCCAACCUUUUCGGCCAGGUUUUCCCAAGAGACCCAAUCCUCAGCCGGACACUUGAUUAUCCUUUCUAACCCCAAAUCCGGACUGGGGAAUGACAGCAGUUGCAAGACGAGCUCGUCCAACGGCAGUGAUGGAGAGUCUUCCCAUUUUAGUGACUGCGAGGAAGGGCACACAGACAAACAUUAGACCGGGCACUGUGACUGUGGACUGUAAUGGGCUGGCGCUGGUGGGACAAAUUUAACCAGCUCGACAAAAGUGUGGUAGAAUGGACUAAACUAAACCUUGUUUUACUGUACCACAUCCUGGGUAGUAAGUGUUAUUUCCUAAUUGCUUGUGCCU